AUGAAACCCGCCUCUGAUACCAAGGAGCAUACGAUUAAGCCCCGAGUAAAUUCUAGCAGAUUGAUCAAGACUGCGAAAUUAUUGGCCGAUGCAAAAUCCAGCCUCUUGGAGGAUCUUAAUGUCGAGAGUUUACCGGCAAGUGCGUCCAGCGAUUUGGGGAAUUCAUUUGGGAACUCACCAUUGAUUGAGACCAAAAAAGAGCCUGAACGACCGUUGAAGACAUUCUCUAGGGCUAGCAAAGUACGUGCAGAACGGGUUCGAUCGUAUAUCCAGUAUUUCUACGAUAUUAUGGAACGAGAAAUUGAGAAUGGAGAAAUGCGAAUCUUGCAUCCGGGCGUUGAAGGUGUCUACAAUCCAUUGCAGACAAUAAGAAACCGGAAACUCAAAAAGAAGAAUCGAAGUGUGCCCACAAGCGACAUUUUAUUUAUGAAAUCGCCUAUUUUGGCGAUUAAAGAUUUUUCCAGGAACUCGCAAAAGCCACAGAUUUGGUUUGUCGAUGUCAGCGAAAGGUUUAGCGAUUUGACCUGGCGCACUUCGCAUUGGAACGAGCUGAAACGACCGGAUGGCUACAAAUGGUUCAAGAAGGACAGCACAGACAUGCUUCUCGAUAUGUCGGGAAAUCAACACAGAAGUCAACCUCGUGAGCACUCCAGAACGUCUUCACAGGGUUACAACCAAAGCUUGGCAACUAAGAACGGAGUUCCUCAAAUUUCUGUGGAGGAUUUCGAUCAUUUAGACAAGAGCGGUGAAAGUGAUGAAGUGACGAGAGCGGUACCAAACCAACGACUAGGGCUGCCUGUGUCGAAACUGACCAAUAGCCGGGAUUCAAGAGAGGCGGAUGCACAUAGUACCACAAUUUCGUCGAACUCAGUAGGGAAUAGCGAAAAGAAGUUCUUUUCAGAAGCGGGCGGCACGAAACCGCCUAUCACUGAAAUUCCUAUUCACAGUGUUCGCAACAGUAUCAUGGAAAAUGGAGACGUUGCGUCGGAGAAAUUAACGAAACCCUCGGUCGAACUACUCGAGCUGGGCGAACCAUUCCACGUCGACGAGCGGGCUCGCGAAACUAAACGGUACCAGGAUCUGCGAUACGUGGCAUGUACAUGGAGAUUGAUGCAUUACAGGCAAGAAACUCUACAAACCGUGCGAGAUCGCGAAUUCAAGAAGCGGAAACCUAUCCAGAUUGAAAAUGCCGCCCUUUAUGCAGAGCCGACGGCGACAGCGAUGAGCAUUUACGAAGCUGAGGUAGCCAAAGCUCUGGAAACGUGUGAGAGUUGGAAAUCGCGGCUCCUCAACGAUUAUUCGAUGCGAGUUGACAAACUCAUCUCGUCGAGCGAUAGAAUCCUGAGUGACAUUAAUACGACACUUACGCUUCGGUUGAAGAUGCUGAACGAAAAUAUGGACAAGUUCGGUACACUCAACACUAUGAACAAAGAGCCCUUUUCACUGGCUUUUUAUCGCGUGCUGGAAUUCGUGAUCAUGGUAUUAUUUUGGAUGGUUUGGUUUGUGUUUAGCGUUUUGAAAUGCGGGAAACUUACCAUCAAAGCGGCCGGCGAUGCCGCGAAAUGGAUUGUGUGGUAG